AUGUAUCUAUCUAUCUAUCUAUCUAUCUAUCUAUACACGACUAUCUUCUGCUCAUAUCUAUCUAUCUAUCUAUCUAUCUAUCUAUCUAUCUAUCUAUCUAUCUAUCAAUUUCUUCUUAAUUUGUCAACAUAUUUAUCUAGGAGAGACCAUCAUUUUCCAUCGCUUCUAUCUCUCUCUUUAUCUCUCGGUAAUAUGAUUCCUUUGCUGAUUCUUACUGCUGCACUUGUCUCGAUGGGAGUAGAAGGGACGGGACGCCGCGUAUGUUAUUAUACUAAUUGGUCACAAUAUCGACCUAAUGAAGGAAAAUAUCUUCCAAAAAACAUCAAUGCCACCCUCUGUACGCAUAUAGCUAUCGCCUUUGGGAAAAUAACGGACACUUUAGGACCAUUUGAAUGGAACGAUGAAUCGACCCCUUAUCGCGAAGGGACGUUUGAUCAAAUAGUCAAAUUAAAGUUGACGAAUCCUGGUCUGAAGGUUUUGCUCUCCGUUGGCGGAUGGAACGCUAAUAGCAAACCAUUCAAUAGAGUUCUAGAAUCAAAGAUGAAAACAGUAAUGUUUGCUGAGCAAGCCGCUGGGUAUCUGCGCAAAAAAGGCAUGGACGGUCUUGAUGUUGAUUGGGAAUACCCGACUAACAAACAAAAUUACAACACUUUCAUCCAGACUCUGAAGAAUGCUUUUAUUGAAGAGGCCAACAAAAGUGGAAAGGAAAGACUUUUAUUGACAUCAGCUGUGCCAGCCGGAAAAUUUAAUAUCGACCGAGGCUUUGAUAUUCCUUUUAUUUCAAAACUCAUGGAUUUCAUCACAGUUAUGACGUACGACUUGCAUGGUUCGUGGGAGAAAUACACUGGCCAUCACAGUGCAAUGUAUGCCGGGGAUUGGGAAACUGGACCUGAAAGAUACUUAAAUGUGGAUUGGAUCAUGGAUUAUUGGCAUAAACUUGGAGUUCCAAAAUCAAAACUCAAUCUCGGUUUGCCUACGUAUGGUCGCUGUUUCACUCUAGAAUCCAUUCACAGGGACGGGGUCAAUGUUCGAACAAAGGGAGCCAGCACUGCCGGCAAAUAUACAAGAGAACAAGGAUUCCUCUCUUAUUAUGAGAUAUGCAAAAUGAUUAAAGAUGGCGCCAAAAAAAUGUAUAUUCCUGAUCAAAAGGUUCCAUAUAUAGUCAAAGAUGAUCAAUGGUGUGGAUAUGAUGAUAUUCCAUCUCUCAAGGUGAAACUUCAGUACGUGAAGUCCAAAGGUUUUGGUGGUGUCGCAGUUUGGUCAAUGGCUUUGGAUGAUUUUAAUGGAAUUUGUGGCCCAAAAUACCCUCUCAUGACAGCCAUCUUUAACGAAAUGGGAGGCAACGACAUUCAUGGAUAUCCAACAAAUGCAUUACCAGAAAAAGAUACAACCUCUGCGGAUUAUCAACACAGCAACAGGUGGAUCACUGAUGGGUUUAUAAGCUGGAUGACGACUCAUGGGUCGGUGAGCUGGGAAACGACUACCCCGAAGCCAACGAUCAGUGAAAUAAAACCGACAGAUCCAUGUUUGGGCAAAAUGAAAGGCUUCAUGCCCCAUGCAGAUUGCAAAAAGUUUUAUAUAUGCUCUAACGAUUUAAAGAGUGAAAACAUGACGCAAAGUUUAUAG